UCAGGAACAUCUCCUCCCUCCCACGUUGAUGUCAGGCGUCUCAACCAAUCCCGUUAUCCGUGUGCCGCACGUAAAACAGGAACGUGAAAGGGGAAGAAAGGAAAAGGGGACAGAAGAGUGAUAGCGGGCGCAGCUUUGGGUAGGACGUCCGUCGGUCCCAGGACUCGAGCGAGGAACGUUCUUCAGGGGCGGGGAAGAGAGGGAGAGCCAUUUCCUCGUUUCCGAUUGGCUGCGAACUCCGCUAUGCACGUUCUGUGAGUGGCUCAUUCCUUGCGCGGGCUCUGCUGUCUUCUGGCCAAUGGGUUGAGCCCGUUUCGCUGUGGACGUUGCUGAGCGCGGUACUCGCGCUCAGUGGCGUUGCGUGACCGAGGCUGCAGUUACAGCGUAGUAGGUCGUCGCGUGUGGUAACGCGGUUGUUCUGCAUUGCUUACAUUUGCACAGAAGAUGCUUUCCCAAGUAAGUGCCUGUACUGACUGAUAGAGCAGCAGCCCAAACUGAGAGCUGACGUUUCACCCAACGUGGUGCAGAAGAUAAAGUUUGGAUUUGACAUUUUUGUGGAGCAUGCAGCAGACCUAGUGAGCAUCGGAGCAACUUGCUGUCUGGGGUUCACUGGAAACAUGAAGGUUGGGCCUGUUGCCAUGGAGACGCUGCUUUCACAAGCCGAGCAGUUGCCCAGUCUCUUGGCGGCAUCUCGCUUGGGCCUGGUGCAAAGCUGGGACCCGGCAACUCUGAAGCGAGCUCUGAGCUGGGGGCGCUUCUUCCACCAACUCCACAGCCGCCUCCCUGCUCAGCCCGGGCUCCAGGCAGCUUUGGAGCGACGCCUACGCCGGGCAGGCCCUCUCAGCCUCAGCCAUUUGAAGCGCUGCCCAGAGCUAAUGGGAUUGGCGCUGUUGGAAAACCGGGCGCUGCCCUCCACUGCCCGCUACCAGCUCUUACGCAUCCUCUUGCUCCCAGCAGCAGGAGGGGAGGAGCCCUUCAUCCCCCUCUUGGCAAGGCGGAGGGCUGCCUCCCAGCUUCUCCUCUCUUUGGUGCCUCCUACUGAGGCAUCCACCGCUGAGCAGUGGAAAUACCUACCAGUUAGAUCCCAGGCUCAACUGUUGCUUUCACGGCUGCAGGAGGAAGGCUAUAAGGAUGGUGAAGGAAGCUGCAACAUUUCUCCUUCUGCCUCGACCCUCCUGGAGCAGCUGCCCUGUGGUCCCACUCUAUAUAAGGCUGUGGCAGUGGCGCUGUUGGAGCCCGGAGGGGAAGUGGAAGCCAAAGCAACGCUGCUCCCAUGGCUGCUGCUGGGAGGAGACCCAGUCCGCCUUGCUACUUUUUGCCGCCUGCUGCCUGCCACGUGGGUGGCCUCACUUUGUGGCCGUUACCCUGAGCUGUGCACCCCCUACUUGACCCUCUUAUCCACCUGGGGAAGCCGCCUCAGUUAUGACCCACUGCAUGGGGAGUGGAGGGCCAGCGGCCUAGAAAAGGAUGAAGUGCCUUGGCAGGAGAUGAGGGAACGUAUUGGCUGCCUCUACCAGGAGUCGGAGCCUCUUAAGAAUACAAUACUGACCCAGCUAAGACACCUGAAAGCUCAGGAUGGAGAUUUUGAAGUCCGAGGCUUGAGUGUUUGGACUGACCUCCUCCUGGAUGUGGAGAAGCCUGCAUCAGAGAAGAAGCUCAGGAGAACUCUUCCCCAGUCAUUUGUGAGGACCCAGCCAACAGCAUUGAAAACCUAGAAGGAAAAACGAAGAUCUAAUUCAGCAUCUUGUUUGUGGCAAUUUAUGGCAAGGCUAGAAAAAUUAAAAACUUCAGUACUGGAUGCAGAAUUUA